AUGUCGUCUGAAACCAGCAACACCGACAUUAACGUUGUUGCUAGUCCUUCUGUCGUUCUGGAUGACAACGACACUGCCGCGCUCACAUGCGAGAUUCAAGCACUCUGCGAUGCGAUACAAACACUGAUCGACGCAGUGCCUGCCGACAAGGACCGUGCGCCAUAUGUCGAAAAGGAAGAUUGGUGCCUGCGCUGGACGCAACUUUUUAGUUCUCUGAUCGCCUGCCUCAAUCAUGCGAAGGACAAGCACUUGCCGCUUGAAUUGUCCGUCGCAGCAAGGGAGUUAGGCGGGCAAGCGACGCUCUUACACGACGCGUUUCAGCGCGACAUCCGCAAAAUGAAGACCGCCUCGGCGAGCCAGGCGGAUCCGGCUGCCCAAGAGAUGGAGGAGACGGUCGAGAAGGUCAAGGUGUCUGCUUCAGACGCAGACACCCGGAUGAGCGUCGCGACCGAUAAGGUCAAUCCUGUCUCAUGCACCCGUUGCGCCAACAUGGGUCGACCAUGCUAUAGCAAUAGUGCUGGCAUGGUUUGCCUGAACUGCAAGCGGCUCAAGGCCAGAUGUUCUCUUGUUGUCGAGAAAGGCAAGGCAAAUGCUGCUCCCACAGCCGUCCUGGCUCAUAUGGCUCCAAAGCCCAGCGCGGCUCCUAGGCACAGACCUGCACCAAGGCAUGUGCAUGCACCGAAGGACAAGGGCAAGUCCAAAGCCAAGUCCACGGCCUCGCAACAUCCUCAGCCGGCUGCCGGCCCCUCCAGCACAGCUAGCGUCCUCAACAGCAGUCGCAAGAGGAAGGAGGCCGAAAUCGAAGACGAGGUAGACUCCGAGAGCGACGAAGAGGCCGCUUACAUGGCAGGGAGGAUUGAAGCUCUGCCCAGCUACAUCUCCGUGGUUGAUACCGCCCUCAACGCAUUGAAAGAAGAAGUCAGUGCAAUUAAUGGAUAUAUGUCCAAAAAGCGCCGCCGCCUUUAG